GAUAAAAAAAUAAGUUUAAUUAUCAAAUAUGAUUAGAUGAAGACAAAUCUCAUAUAAACUCCAGAUCAUACGAAAAAAGGAAAAAGAUGAGUAUAAAAAGACAUAGCAAAGGAAAGAGUAUCCACAGCUAUAUACUAUACUUGCCCAAAUCACACAAACUCUAUCACCACCAGCUAUACUACACCUCUCUUUCUCCUUCAAACAAACUGUUUAUGAUUAAACGUGGGUUGCUCUGAAUUCUGAAUUUUGAGUCUCCUUUGUUUCCAAGAAAUCAAGAAAAGCUACUGGUACAAGAACCGACAGAUGGAUCCGUGCCUUUUUGUGCGGAUCCUGGUGGGAAAUUUGGCUAUUAAGUUUCCGGCGAACUCCAAACCAUUCUCCUCCUCCACGUCUCCGUACUAUUGCAAAAUCAGACUCAGCAACCGGAGCAAUAACCAAUUCGAUGUUCACGUGGCUACGAUUCCACUGUUAUCUCCACAACAACAAGAACCACAACAGGGGUCUCUGUCUAAUUCACUCGCCGCCUGCUUCACUCUUGAUGAAACCCAGAUCGAAAGCUACUCUGUUCCAUCGAAAAACCCACCCAAGUUGAAGAUUGACAUCUUCAAGGGCAGCGAAGGGAUGAGUUCUGGGUUGGUUACAGACGGGCAGUUGUUUGGUAGGGUUUCUGUGACGUUGGGAGAUUUGCGAGAGGCAGAGACGAGGAUGCGAGUACUUCACAAUGGCUGGGUGGCGAUCGGUGGGGGCAAGAAGGGGUCGUUGGCUGAAUUUUAUCUUAGAGUUCGGGCUGAACCCGACCCGAGAUUCGUGUUCCAGUUCGGUGGAGAACCGGAAUGUAGCCCUCAGGUUUUUCAGGUUCAAGGGAAUACUAGGCAGGCCGUUUUCACUAGCAAGUUCAGUAGUUGCAGGAAUGCCGGGGACCGGAAUCUCGGAACCAUGACAUCGAUGUCAGAGCAUGGAACUCCAAGAAAUUGGUUACCCUCUUUAGGAUCCAAUAAAGACCAAAAAGAACGAAAAGGAUGGUCAAUUACAAUUCACGACCUCUCUGGUUCACCAGUAGCAAUGGCAUCAAUGGUGACCCCAUUCGUCCCAUCCCCAAGAUCCGACCGUGUCAGUAAAUCCAACCCAGGUGCAUGGCUAAUUCUCCGACCCGGCCACGGUACUUGGACUUCCUGGGGCCGCCUCGAGGCUUGGCGCGAUAACUCACACUCCGACGCAGUCUGUUACCGCUUCGACCCACUCCACGACACUGCCACACCAACCACCGUCGCCAGUUCCACCAUCAAUGCCAAAACCGGCGGGAAGUUCACCAUCGACACGUCCUCCAGUGAAGCAACCCCGGUGAACAGCCCGCACAGUAGUUGCGAUUUCGGGUCCGGGUCCGGGUCCUGGUCCAGCUCCGAUUUUGGGUUAUUGCCGCAAGUUUUGUACAGAGGGUUUGUGAUGUCGUCGAGCGUGGAAGGCGUGGGGAAGUGUAGCAAGCCGGAGGUGGAGGUUGGAGUGCAGCACGUGACUUGCAGGGAGGAUGCGGCGGCUUUUGUGGCUUUGGGUGCAGCCAUGGAUCUAAGCAUGCAUGCUUGCAAAUCGUUCUCUCAUAGGCUAAGGAAGGGAUUGCGAUAGCAGUCAGGGUUUUGUCGUUUGACGCCGCCAAUUUGGUGUGUCGUUUUGAGGGAAACCGAUUGAGUUUGGUUAAGGUUUUUGGAUUCUUUUGGCCGAAUGAGCUGACAGCAGUUUUUGAGCUGGUUGUGAAUUCAACUAUUUCAUUUUUUUGUACAGUGAGAAAUGGCAAUGCAGAGCAGCCUUUACUUUGGUUUUUUUUAUUUUAUAAACAAUAAAAAAUUUAUUCUCUGCUUUUGUU